AUCUCCUUUUCGAGCCACCCUUUGUCCAUGGCCAGCUCCAAGCUUUUGACUGCUUCCUUGCUCAUCGUCGCCUCCCUCCUCCUCCUCCAAGUGGCCCCAGCUGAUUUACAGGACUCGGGAACAGGAGAUGUAGCAGAGAAAACGCUUCUCAAAAGGAUGGAUUGCGGCGGAGCCUGCUCUGCAAGGUGCGAACUAUCGUCGAGGCCGAGGCUGUGUCAGAGGGCGUGCGGCACGUGCUGCGUGCGGUGCAACUGCAUCCCGCCGGGCAUCUCGGGCAACCUUGACACGUGCCCUUGCUACGCCAGCCUCACGACCCGCGACAACAAGCGCAAGUGUCGUUAGAAGCUGCAAGUCACGUCGUUUUGGUCCGAGGGUGGC